GGGGCAGGCGAUCGCCCGGGGAAGCGGGGGCAGGACGAGGCCGGAGCAGGUGCCCGCUCCGCAGCUGCAGGCAGCCGCAGGGAGCCCCAGCUGUGCCUCUGCCGGUGUGCCCUCCUUAGCCCGCGGUCCCCGCGCUGUGUCCCGCCGCUGACAUGUGUGCCGCCCGGAUGCCUCCCCUGGCGCACAUCUUCCGAGGGACUUUCGUCCACUCCACCUGGACCUGCCCCAUGGAAGUGCUUCGGGAUCAUCUCCUCGGUGUGAGCGACAGCGGCAAAAUAGUGUUUUUAGAAGAAGCAUCUCAACAAGAAAAACUGGCCAAAGAAUGGUGCUUCAAGCCUUGUGAAGUAAGAGAGCUGAGCCACCACGAGUUCUUCAUGCCUGGGCUAGUGGAUACACACAUUCAUGCCCCUCAGUAUUUCUUUGCUGGAAGUAAUGUAGACCUGCCACUUCUGGAGUGGCUGACCAACUACACAUUUCCUGUGGAGCGGAGAUUCCAGAGCAUGGAUUUUGCUGAAGAAGUCUACACCAGAGUAGUUAGGAGAACACUAAAGAAUGGAACAACCACAGCUUGUUACUUUGGAACAAUUCACACUGACUCAUCUCUGCUCCUUGCGGAAAUUACAGAUAAAUUUGGGCAGCGAGCAUUUGUGGGCAAAGUAUGCAUGGAUUUGAAUGAUGCUGUUCCAGAAUACAAGGAGACCACAGAGGAAUCAAUCAAGGAAACAGAGAGAUUUGUGUCAGAAAUGCUUCAAAGGAAUUAUGUUAGAGUGAAGCCCAUAGUGACACCACGUUUUUCCCUUUCCUGCUCUGAGACUUUGAUGGGUGAACUUGGCAACAUCGCUAAAACCCAUGAUUUGCACAUUCAGAGCCAUAUAAGUGAAAAUUGUGAUGAAGUUGAAGCUGUGAAAAACUUAUAUCCCAAUUAUAAACACUACACAGAUGUUUAUGAUAGAAACAAUCUUCUGACAAAUAAGACAGUGAUGGCGCAUGGCUGCUACCUUUCUGCAGAAGAACUUAACAUCUUCAAUGAACGAGGAGCGUCCAUCUCACAUUGUCCCAAUUCUAAUUUAUCAAAGGGGUCAGGAUUAGUGAACUUAUUAAAGCUGUUAUCAGUUAAAGUAGAAAUAAGAUUAAACACAGAUGUGGCUGGUGGUUAUUCCUCAUCCAUGCUUGAUGCCAUCAGAAGAGCAGUGAUGGUUUCCAAUAUCCUUUUAAUUAAUAAGGUAAAUGAGAAAAGUCUCAGCCUCAGAGAAGUCUUCAGACUAGCCACUCUUGGAGGAAGCCAAGCCCUGGGUCUGGAGAGUGAGAUUGGAAACUUUGAAGUGGGUAAAGAAUUUGAUGCCCUUCUGAUCAACCCCAAAGCAUCUGACUCUCCCAUUGAUACGUUUUAUGGAGAUUUUGCUGGAGAUAUUUCCGAGGCUGUUAUCCAGAAGUUCCUCUAUCUAGGAGAUGAUCGAAAUAUUGAGGAGGUUUAUGUGGGUGGCAAGCAGGUGGUUCCAUUUUCCAGCUCAGUGUAAGAAGUUUCCUGGGAUGACAUGGCUCUGCAUCUCCUUUGUGCUCAGGCGUGGUUGGAAAGUCACAAUCAGUACCUUGUUCUUGGGAUGACUAUCUCUUUCUGUGUCUAGUUACAGUAUUCACUUGGUAAACUGCUUGAAGGAAGUGCAGUAAUUCCCAACUCUGGUUGGGAAGUUUCAUAAUUUCAUGAAAAUGUCUCCUUUUAGAGCUGUUCAGAUUUACUUCAAGCUCAAACAGAAGGGGACAUUAUUGCUGGCCGUAUGUCUAUUAUGAGAUUGAAGUGAAAUCUUUUUCCUAUGUGGAAACGUGGAGAGCAAAGAUAUUCCUAUAAGGUUAGAUAUUUUGAGCUAACGAGUAUGAAAAUUACGGAACUAAAAAUUAACCAGUGACCAUAUUUUUAUGAGGGAACAAAAAUUAGACAGUGAACAAAUGUUGGAAAAAAUCACUUCAGAUUGUGUUUGAAAAUUAUAUGCUGAGCAUAAACUUACUGAAUUUUAAAAUGUGUUUCUAGAUUGACCUUGUGUUUUGGAAAUUUGCACUUAAUGGAAUCUGCACUUCACAGAUGUGUUCUUGUUGUGCUUUGCCUUCUUUUGGGGAUGGAUGUCAGGAAUUGAAUGCCAUAUGCUUUUUAAAUAUAGUUCUGUGCUUCAAAGUGUUUGGCAGAAGUUAAGUAUUAAAGAUUUAAAGUCUCUUAGGAAUAUUAUAUAACUACAUGGCAUAAAUAACUGUAUUUUGGUGCACUUUAAAAUCAUCUUAAUUUAUAACUGUGUGAUGUUAUCAUUGCUUCCAUUUUAUUAGAAGAGAAACAAAUUCCAUACACCAUUGUUGUGUAGAAUGGAAUUUUUAAUAAAUCGGGGCAAGUACUGGGUAUCCAUGAGCUAUUGAUACUAUUAGGACAGAUCCCUUUGCAAUGGCCUAUUUUACCCAACCAUAUCCCACAGUUGCUGAAAAUUUUAUACUCAGAUGUCAGUCGGCUAGAAUUUUAAAAUGAAGGACAAAUCUCAUUAAAGAAAUAUUAUUAAAAAAAUUUAAAAACCCUACAUAUUGAAAACACUCCAUUUUCUAAUCUUAAUCCAAUUAUCCAUUUGAUUACUUAUAAUUUUCAGGACAUUAGAACUUUAUGAUAAUGAAAAAUGUGUAGAUGUCCCACGUAAGGUUUCUAUGAACAGGAGCUCAUUAUACUAGGCAUCUAGGAAUAUUAAACAAAGUGAAGAGCAUUAUAUGCUUCCUAAUUAUACAGUGUCCUUUCCCCAAACUCAGAAUUAAAACAAAUUGUAAUCUUAUGAUAAAACCUUAAAAUUACUGAGUCUUAUUUAAAACCUAUAUUUUUAUUAAUUUAUUCCAAGUAUUAUAAAUAAACCAGGAAAGGGAACAGAUUUCUCAACAUGACAUUCAUUCCUGGGGCUCCAGUGUGACUCCUUCAUACUACCUUGCAUUAGAAAACUUUAUAUAACUAAUUCCAUACCUACAAAACUAAGAACAUGAUUUUUCUAUAGUAUAAAUAUUACUUUUACAUAUUCAUCUUAUUUCAGCAGUAAUUUGCCCAGUUUUUUCCCCCAGUAGUAGAAACACUUUUAGAGUUAAAUUUUUUUUAACUUUAUUUUGUUUAUUUUAUUUUAUUUUUUUGAUGUUGAGGAUCAAACCCAGUGCCUCACACAUGCUAGGAAAUCACUCUACCACUCAGCCACAACCCAACCUCAACUUUUAGAUUUAAUUGUAUAUAUGCUACAUCUAAACAUGGAACAAAUUCUUGGUCUUAUUAACAAAAAGUUUGUUUUGUGGGAUAUUAAGUAACUCAGUAAAUCCAAUUACUACUCUCUGUGUGUAUUUCUAGUAUUUCUGAUUCCUGAGCAACAUCAAAGAUGUUCCACAAAACUUAUCCCCAUUUCUCUAUAAUGUUGGCAGAUGCUCCGUGCUCACUCAGUCUCUGCCAAGGAAACUUGAUUACAUAAUGUGGGCUUAGGAACUCAGAUGAAGUGAAAGUCCUUCUAAUAGUGGAGAGCUGCUUCCAGCCUUUGCAAGAUCCUACAUUUUAAUUUAAGGGUGUACAUUUUGAUGUUGAAGUCGGUUUUCAUAUAGAUUCAGGAUUCACAAACAGUAAUAUAAUAGUAUCAGAAGCAGGAACAGUGGCCACAUGCAACCAUUCUGUCGAAUAUACAACUUAGCCCUGGUAGUAUUCUUAAGACCUGAAUAAAUUUUCUAGUAAAAUAGAAUGUGUUGAAAUGUUUACAUGGACUUGGAUCUCUGCAUCCCUUAUAACUUAUGUGUUUUAUUUCCCUGAGUGCAAUGUUCCUGAAUGUUACAUAUGCUUUUCUUCAGUACUUCAGGCCUUAGCCAUACAUGGGGCCAGAUGUUUUGCACUUUGGAAUGUUGCCUUUGCCUAAUGUGAGUUGACUUUCUGAAUUGUGGAGAGGCACUCUUCCAAGCCAGUCCUGUUUGUCCCUUUAUGUUGGAAUGGUUUGCUCUCUGACAGGAAAGAAAGAACUAAAAGCUUGAUGUCCCCCAGCCCAAUCCUGUACCAUUUGCCCCAUUUUCAUGGUCUAUUCCAUGAAAUAUAUUUUAAAAGGUAAAAGCGUCUUCUAUCAUACAUUUACAAAAUAUCUGUGCAACCAAAACAAAAAGUAGGAGAAUCAGCUGAGGUAAAUUUGAUCUUCAAAGGAGAGGGAAACAUGUGAAAGAAAAAAUUAGGAAGUGACAGAUUGUUCUAGCCAUCAACUGAGACCAAGGAGGUUGCUACUCCUUUUUGCUGUUUUUCUAAUUGAAUUGUCAAAGGUUUUACAAUCCAACAGGGUUUCCUGUUGUGCCAGGAGAUUUUUCUAAGUUGAUGCUGUGAGCAUUGAACCCCACUGAAUUUCUCUUUUCUAGUGAGAAGUCUGCAAAUUAAAGGAAGGGAAAUGGUAGAAAAUACUUCCCUGUAUGCUUGGCUGAUUUUGAAGUGUGCCCUUGAAUAUCCCUAUUGGCAACUGAGAUCGUAGGAAGCAUAAUGGGUGCGAGAUCUAGCAAAGGAUUUUGAAUCUUCACUCCCUACCAGACUUUUCCUAUUUUUAAAGCCCUUCACCCUAGAACCAGCCGUAUGGAAAGCUUUUAAGGAAAACUCCAAAGCACAUUGUAUCGUUUCUACCUUGUGCUACACAUGGAAGAUAUCCAGAAAUGGAUGCUUCUGGAACCUAUUGAACAUCUUUUUAUUGUUGUCCAUUUUUUAAAAGUGGAUGUUGCUGCUGGAAACACUCACACACUUAAAAAAGAGUAUUCUUGGGCAUUAAGAGGUGGACUAAGAAGUGUGUUAUGGGCAAUGACUUGAAGUUACUUUUAAAUUGUAGGAAUUGUUAUGAGUUUAAUAAUUUUUUGGUUGGGUUGGGUUUUUUAUUUUUUAUUAUUAUUUGUAAGACUUAUGGGAGAUGUUUGCAAUUUUAGAUCUAGUAGCUACUUUAGGUACAACUUUGGACCUCAGACUUUAUAAUGUUCCUGAAGACAUCAAGGAAAUACACAAAAAGGUAUUAAAGAUGUAUCCAUAGACUGGAAAAGAAAGGACACUGUUAGAAAAUCCUGACAUUGAUCAUUCUGACUGUUUCACACCCAACCUCAUCCCCUUCUCCCUCCAAUAGUCUGGAGUGUGAGAAAACAGAGGGCUGAGGGGUUGGUUUGUGGAUCUAGUUCAAAUUUAGGGAAAUGCAAACAUAAAGCAGGCCAUUGAUGAAAUUAAAUACAAAUUUGAAAAAGGCUUUCACAGUCCAUGGAGUUCAAGUGGCUUGGGUAACAGACGUCAUUCUUAGCUCACUUGUUAUAUGGAAGUGAUUUGCCUGUCCCUUUCCUAUCUAGAAGCCUGUCAGAAAGCAUUCUUCAGUGAAAACCACUUUACCUUGUUGUUAAACUCCUGAUCACUGCUCUUAAGAAUAUAUAUAAAUAUAUAUGUAGUCAUGGGGACAGUUUUCCCCACAGUAUUUGUAUGAUUUGCUUAUUGUUAUUGUGCUGAGUGAUCUCCUUUGUGCUUCGGAAAAAAAUAAAUGAGAUUUUGUGUUUACGUUA